AAAUCUGCGCAUUAAACCUAAAACUUACGUAUAUGCAACUAUUUCAAGAACAAGGGCUCUGAUGUGUCACUUGAGACUCGAGAUUUAUCGAUGCGUCCGCGAAUUGACGUUUCUCUUUCCCGCGCAAAUGGCGGACGUUGAGUCGCGAUACCGACGAGUUAAAGACGGUUAGUCCUGGGCGAAUUUUUACAUUGGCGAAGAAAACCCGAGGAAUCCGGAGGUGACUGAAGAAGGAUGACUUAUUUAUCACUUGUAAAAACCACUUGUGCAACCUGAUAUGAACACCUGGACAUUCACAAUGAGUAAUGAGUUGAAGUUUAUAGAAGUGAUCUUCUGGUUUGUCACAAUGUCUAUGCAACAGUUCUGUUUGCGGUGGAACAAUCAUCAACCGAACUUCAUCUCAGUUUUCUCCAAUUUGCUGAAUAAUGAGACUCUAGUGGAUGUUACUCUUGCUGCUGAAGGCAGGCAUCUGCAGGCCCACAAAGUUGUACUAUCAGCGUGUAGUACAUAUUUUCAGUCACUGUUUACAGUGAAUCCUUGUCAACAUCCUAUUGUUAUACUUAAGGACAUCAAGUUUGCAGACCUUAAGAUUAUGGUAGACUUCAUGUAUUAUGGAGAAGUAAACAUAUCUCAAGAUCAAUUGCCAUCUAUCAUAAAGACGGCAGAGAGCUUAAAGAUAAAAGGACUCGCAGAGAUGCAUUCAGCAUCGUUGACCAAAUGGCCAAGUGGUAGCAGUGAAACAGGCGGUGCGGAACGCGGUGAAUCCUGCUCACCCAGUCCGUCUCCGCUGUCGCCUUCUUUCCGUAGAAAAAGGUUAAGAAAGUCUUCUACUGGUUCAACAUCUGGUUCCGGUGAUAAACCUGAGGAUAUUAACGAAAUAACAUUAGUGGCCACUAAUAUCGUCAAACCUGAACCUCUAAUUGUAUCACAAGAAAGUGGAGAAAAUCUGAGGCGACCGGUGAACACCAGUACAGAAUCUCAAGGCAGCAUUGAUGAAGAUCAAAUAUCAAUUAUGAGUAAUAUGGAAAACAGUUCUACCAAUACACCAGCCCAAAGUGACGGUUCUAUUCAAGAUGUAAGUCAACAGUCGGGCGGGAACAUUGGACAAAGUUCUGUUCCUUCGCAACCACCCGUUCAUCAAGGAUUACAAUGGACUAUAAUGGAGCACACAUAUCCACGUUUCGCUCUGUCCUCGUGUCAAACGAAUCUGUCGAUCCAAGCGUCGUCGGCGUUUACGACGCCCGAAAUAACAGCAACCUCGACCAUCAGCGAACAGUACUCUGGUACCAGCACGACUGGUUCCAGUUGCGCCCUGACGAACUAUUCGAACUCCGCCCAUGGGACGUUGCAGCAUGCGUCGUCAGGCGGCCCCUCGCCAUCGACGCAGUGCCCAAGCAACUGCCAGAGUCCUUGCGCCAGCCCGCAGACUGCGAUUAAGAGGAAGCGCUCGACUAAUCCACAAGCGGACGAGAACUUUAUACGCGCGCUUGACGCUGUGCGUUACGGCGGCAUAGGGUUUUGCAAGGCCGCGCGGAUGUACGGCGUGAACAACCGAACGCUCUGGCUAGAAUACAAGAAGCGCGGCUACCCGAACAAUCGACCCAGUCUCAAGUCCCGCGUCAAACAGGAGGUCAAUUCCUCGCCGCCGCCGCCACCGCCGCCGGCGCCCCCGGCGCAGCCGAUGAACUCGCAGAGUCCGACGCCCAUGGGUCCACCUACGACUCCGCACAGCACACACAAUACACACAGCACGCACACCAUGCUAACCAGUCCCCAUACGAUGCUGAGCGGCUACAUCGACAGCAGGCACACGGACUAUGCGUUACCGAUUCCUCAGUGCAAGCAGACGCCGGUGAAGAGGGCACGGCUGCUGAUGCGGCAGCCGCGGGUGAAGAAGGAGCCGAGUCACCUGUCGCCAGAUAGUGAGACGACAACGUGCUCGCCGCACAUCGUCUCGUCCUCGAUUCACGCGACCACACCGACGUUGAAUCUUCCUCAGACGUCGAGGAGCUGGGAGGAGUCGCGUAUAUCGCCGCCGCCGCACAGCAUGUUGGUCAAUCAGCCGAACCUGUUGACGGUGACGACGUCGACGAAUUUGUUGACGGUGCCGCAGCCGUCCUACUUGACUAAGCAGCACUCGCAUCCACUGCUCACCAGUCAGCAGCAAAGCACGUCCGGCAAUUACUGGAUACACCGGCAGCACUCGAAUCCGGAGUUCCCCGGCAGGACCACGAGUCCCUCGAUAGUAGUCGAACCGGCGCCCAUUGUCAAGACGGAGGAAGAAGUAUGCGAGAUGGCAGCGACGACUCCUGUUUCUGAAGCAACAAGCGGCGGCGGCGGGGGCGGUACGUCAACGAUUGCUAUUAGUGGAGGAUUGAGGAUCAAGACAAUAGAGUUGAGGCGAAGCUCGUCGUCGCCGCAGACCAGCAGCAGCAGCAGCAGAGAGCCCCGCGAAGGCACCGGUGAUCAACGACUGGGUCACUGUCCGGUGUUACGCGAGGGGCCCGCCUUAGGCUGCAAUCAUUGCUGGAACACGAUAGACGCCCACGGCAGGAUACUCCGUAGGAAGACCAAGUAUCACUGUCCCGAAUGCCAGAUCAAUCUGUGCAUCGUGCCGUGCUUUCAGGAGUACCACGAGCAACGGCGUGACCUGAUUUCCAAACUGAAGCCCUUACCGAAAACCAGCUCCGUCUAAUCUCCUUAUUUAUUACGUACCACGUACGUAUCAUCUCCUUCUCCCUAUCUGCGUACUUCGUUUUUAUAGAUGAUCGUUAUCCGGACGAUUAAAUGUCAGCACGCGCUUUAGGUGUCCGAGGCUCCCGGUGACGAUGACGCGGACCAACCAAGCCGAUCAUCAGUGUGUGUGUUUAUGUACACGCGAUGUUUACUUCUCUUCCUGUCUCUUUCUUUCGUACUACGAUCAAUGUGAGUCACCGAAUUUGUAUCAACACAAAGGGACCUCAUAAUGCUCUCGUAUAUUUUCGUAAUAUACACAUACCGCGACGCAACGUCUGUCAUUGCUGGAGCGGACGGGAUUGUUCGCGGUCGAUGCUGCGAGUACGACGCGAUACGAUUCCUCUUCGGAAUAUUUCGAGGAAGACGCGCGAAGGAAGCGGUCGAAUCGUCGGGGAUAAAAGAAUGAGAGUGACGUCGUCAUUUAUACAUGUCAAUGCUGCGUCUUGUGUUUUUCUUCAAUUACGUGUCUUGUUUACUUCUACGAAGGACAUUUUGUGUUCAGAAAUUAUUUCGAGAAAUAGCGAUUUCAAUAGACAUUAGGAAAUCAAUUUCCUGUACAAUUUUUUUUUUUUUUUUUUAAUAAAAUUUAUGCGGCGCGUAAAAGAUGAACGUGAGAUGCACGUUUCUUUGAAGAAGAAAAAACAGAUACGUAAAUAAUUACGUAAUGUAAUUAUAUGUAAUGACUAUUAUUAUUACGACUAUUAUAAUUACUCUCAAAGGGUUCUUUAAUCUCGUAUCAGUAUAUUUCUGUUAUGUUACCGUCACACAAUCAGUGUCGGCUUCGAAUUAAAUCUCCGCCCCGCGGAAACACGAAAAUUCCGAACGUAAAUCUCAUUCAGGAUAAUUCACGCAAUUAUUACGCAGUUCUCUGGAACUCCGAUCUCGUCGCAGAAAUUGCGCAGCUUUGCGCGCGUUAUCGAGCAAUUUUAACGUAUUUGAUAUUGCCGGCGUUGUUUUUCGCCCAUUUUUCGUCUCGAUCACAUUACACCCGCAUGAUUCCGAUAGAACCCUUCCAUACUGUAUCUGUCUGUCCCUCUGUCUCUCUUUCCCUCUUCUUUUCGCGUACGAAAGGAUUGAGAUAAUAAUUUUUCUCGGCGGCGACAUUGCAAACACUAAUUUUGGGGGCCAUGAAUCGCGAGACGCAAUUGCACCAAAAAAAAAAAAGAGGAGAAUAGAGAAGAGAACAAAAAAGCAGGAGGAGUGGGCGCGGUGGCCGCCGAAACGAGAGCCCGCGCACGUGCAACGAUCGAAUUCGGUGUUACCCUUAUAAAUCACUUCCUACCAUUCACGGCUCUCCCUAUUGCCACCUGUAACGGCGCUCCCCGUCGUUAAUGCGUCCGCGUAAAUUUGUCGCCGUUCGCUUCGCGAUCAAUCGAACGCGGGACGUGCGCUUCUCUCCCUCUCUCUCUCUCUCUCUCUCUCUCUCUCUCUCAUCCCUCCACCCUCUCUACCCCCAUCUAUUUCUCAUCUUAAUACAAGAAUAUUAGGAUUAAGGAAGAAAGUGUAGAGUAGAGUACAAGCGAGAGACUCGCGCGCGCUGCGGCGUAGUCCCGGUUAUUCUGUUUAAAAGAAAUUCUUCGACCCGCAUUCUGAACUCUCCUUUAUCGUUGCGAGCGUCUGUGAAAGUGGCUUAUGAGCUUUUUGAUUGGCUACAGGCCACUUUCACAAACGCUUGCAGCGAUAAAGGAAGAGUUCAGAACACGGACUUCUUUGACGAGCGAGAAGAAAAAUCCGCUGAAAAGAGAAGAGAUCUCAUAACAGAGCGAGUGACACACGCGCUUGAUCGUGUCGCCCUUUAUCUUUUUAUUCGACGCGUUCCUCCGUCUCAGCGUCGCAGACUGUAGCUUUCAAUCGGGCGAGAAAGGUCUUGUCGAGAUAUUUUCCUGCUUGAAUCGGAAGUUGAUGGUGUCUCAGUCUUUCGAGGCUGGACAUCUCGCGUGGAGUCUCUGGCUUGUACUAUAAAUUUUUGUCUAUCCGAUUCCGGGCCAAUUCUUGAGAUCCACGCCGCCACUUGUCGCCAGACACGUUGAUGUUUCUCGACGGCAUUUUUUUUUUUAAUGUAUGCCUCGUGCGUUUAUUGCUCGAGUCGAGACAUGUCGCGCGAACGAUGUGGAACGACGACUAGAAUAGACGGAUAACCGAGGAGACUGUCCUUUUCAUCGGCGAGUCGUAGGAUCGGAUCCGAAUCGGCCCGCCUGACUUCGAUGAAACACGAUUUGUCGCCAGGCGAGGACUCUCCUCCCGCCUGGCCGCGACCUGCGUUUUUCCCCCUUGACAUUUCCUCGCGAACGGCACUGAGCACGUUCGCGCACUUUGUAUAUGUAAAGUGUUGAAAAUAUAGAGAAGAACACAAAAAAAGAAAAGAGGAACAAAUGAAAAGAAAGAAGAAGAGAAGAAGUAAUGUGCAAUAUAUUUUUCUCGGCAUUACUACAGAUGUACUAUAUGCAAGCGUUGUAUCGAUUAAUCAUAUUUUAUGUAAAAUCUAGCCUGCGAUUCAUAAGUUAAAAAUAAAACAAUGUGAGGUCACACGAA